AUUUUAAAAGCUCCCAGAUAUGAAUUCUCUUUCACGGGGAGCAGAAAAAGGGGUUUGAUUCGCGCUCUCAGAAAUGCAGUGGAACUUUCAGCAAAAAAUGAUUCGAAUUAAUAACGUGCCUUACAUUGUGUCUUUGCUGGAAAGGCACGAGGCGAGAGCAGCAAGUGGGGCUGCAGUAACUGGGCGAGAGGGAAAAUCUGGCCGUGCUUGGUCCUUGAGCCGAUGGUAGAGGGGACAGAAACAAGGCUCCCCACCCGGCCAGGGCUGCUCCGAGCCUGCAAACCACUGAAGCAGAGAAGCCUGUUUUUCUUUUUUCUUUUUUUUUUCCUUGCAAAAAGUUUUCAGGAAGUCUGGGGGAGGGGCGAUGCUGUUUCUUUUUUUUUUUUUUUUUUUUUUGUUAUAAUGAGCCCCUUUGUGGAGAUGGAGGAGGAGAAGAGAUCUGUGUGCCGGCCAGGCGCACGCUUCCCGGUGACUCCCAAGGUAACUUGCCAGGGCUCUUAAAAGCCACGGGCCCCCGAAGGCAGGGGGUGCUGCAGCAUGGAGCUGAUGGUGCUGCUCAAUGCCCUGGUCACUCGGCUGCUCUUCGUGUUGCACUCACUCAUCGGGGUCUGGAGAGUGACUGCCGUGAAGAAGGAACCCAAGUACUGGCUGCUGGCACUGCUCAAUCUUCUCCUGUGCCUGGAGACAGGGCUCACCCUCAAGUUUAAGCAAGGCAGAGGCUACAAAUGGUUUUCACCAGCAAUAUUUUUAUAUCUGAUUUGCAUAGUACCAUCACUAUGGCUACUAGAAAUUCAUCAUGGGACUCAGUACUGUGGCAAUGAGCCUGGGGCAGUUCAGGUGAAUGUCAGCAAUCAAGACUUCAAUCAAUCCAGAGAGAGCAGUCAUGAAAGUGAGGGAACAGAUCACCACAUCAUUCAAACGGCUAAAGUCUUUGUCAAUCAGCUCUCCACAAUUUGUGAGACUGUAUGGACACUGGCCCUCCACCAGACUUUUCUACUGCUGCUUGUAGUUGGGAGAUGGCUUCUCCCCAUUGGAGUUGAAAUCACACGGGAUCAAUUGUCUCAGCUGCUUCUCAUGUUCGUGGGAACAGCAGCAGAUAUACUUGAAUUUGCUAGUGAAACCUUGGACAUUGAGGAUGUUCGGAAGAAUUACGCUCUCAUAAAUGCAAUUCUUGCUGUAUGGACCUGGAGCAUGUUACAAUUUCCACUUGAUCUUGCAGUACAGCAUAUUGGCUGCAAACCAAGCACAUCGGCCAGGCGGAUCCCCAGCCUGCUGCUGUGCAGGUAUAGUGCGGAACUCUGGAACAUCGGUGUCAGCCUUUUCAUACAGGACGGCCCCUUCUUCAUUGUGCGUUCAAUUCUGAUGGGCCACUUCAGAAUAUUCAAUCAGAUGCUGGUAUUUUUUACAGCUAAGAAUAUCUUAGUUGUGACUCUACAGUUGUAUCGGCUGGCAGUGAUAACGUUAGACUUCCGUGCUACCGUUCUGCAGAAGAGCAGGAAAGGAGAAGUCUGCUGCUGCCCAUGUGAGCCUUAUGAAGCUCAUGCUACCGGUCACCAAGAGAACGAAAUGAAAGAGUUUGUUGCUUUUCCUCCAAAAGAGGAACCCCAAGCUCCAUCAGAAGAUCACUGA